CCUGACUAGGGUGAUUCUCCUUGACGAGAUCGACAUAAUUCCGUUGAAAAUUAUCUGAACAUGCCUAGUACUUUCGAGAAUACUUCACUUUCCUACCCUUGACAAGACAAUGACAUCCUCAUCCUGUCACCCAAGCAUCGCAGCCGGAGACCACAGAGGGUAUAUGGAAUACGCCCUUGAAAAAGCCCGUCUGUCCCCUCCGGCACCUACGAAGUUUUGCGUGGGCGCAGUGCUAGUUGAUACUGAUCGAAACGAAAUUUUAUCAACUGGCUAUUCAAUGGAACUGCCAGGAGACAGACCCGGAGAUCCUGGAAACACACAUGCGGAGCAAUGUUGCCUGAUCAAAGUAGCUGAAAGAUACAACGUGACAGAAGAGGGGUUGGAUACAGUGUUGCCAGAAAAGACAAUGCUUUAUACUACCAUGGAGCCAUGCAGCAAGAGGCUGAGUGGCAAUAGAACUUGCACGGAAAGGAUUCUGCCACUUGCGAGCCGAAUCAGAGUCGUGUAUGUGGGAAUCAAGGAACCAGGGGUGUUUAUCACUAAGAACAUUGGGAGAAGUGUGUUGGAGGAUGGAUGUAUUCAGGUUAAAUUUGUGGAGGGGAUGGAACAUCGUAUCUUUGAAGUCGCUACUGCGGGGCACAGGAAUUAGGGAUACCCACCAGACGGCGCUUACAAGAUUCGCAACGUCUUUGUACGUUGCUCCACUGUGCUAGAGUACAAGAACCGGCGCCGUCCGCUCCGCUUUCUGUUGAUCCGUAGCAAUUUCUUCUUUCUUAAUACACUGUACAGUCGGCAUCUGUCCCACGCAUAACACCGGCAUUGAAAUCUCCCAUGUUUG